UGUGAAUGUGGGAUCCCUCCGCAGGGUUGCUAAGGGUGAAACUUUUCUCCUGACUUCCCUCACUUUGGGCCAGGAGGAGGGAGGUAGCGGGAUCCCAGCGGACUCUCGAACCCCUAAGUAGCACCCAAAUAAUAUCGGGGGGAAGCUCACGGCGAUACGUUCAAGCACUUUGUACACCACCUCCUCCUGUUUCUCCCAAAGCACAGCCAAACCCAGCACCAGGAAUCUGACACAACUACCGACCAAAGAAUAUGCAUCUGGAGAUUAAGGUCGCCCUGAAUUUUAUUAUUUCAUAUCUGUAUAAUAAGCUUCCAAGAAGAAGAGCUGAUCUGUUUGGAGAAGAGUUGGAGAGGCUUUUAAAAGGCAAAUACGAAGGGCACUGGUACCCGGAAAAACCUCUGAAGGGCUCUGGCUAUCGCUGUGUUCACAUUGGUGAAACUGUGGAUCCGGUAGUUGAGCAAGCAGCACGCAGGAGUGGGCUUGACAUAGAUGACGUAAGAGCAAAUGUACCAGAAGAGCUUAGUGUGUGGAUUGAUCCAUUUGAAGUGUCUUACCAAAUUGGGGAGAAAGGAACCGUUAAAGUAUUGUACUUGGAAGAUGUAGAAAGCAGCACUGAGCUGGACAAAGAGAUAAAGAGUAGCUUCAAUCCUGAAGCACAAGCAUUUAUCCCAAUCACUAACCAAGAAACCUCACUGUCCAACUCGCCAUCUCCAUCUUUUGGUCAGUCCCCAAGUCCAACUUUUAUCCCACGUGCCACCCAGCCCAUUACAUUCACUACUGCCACCUUUGCAGCUACCAAAUUUGGCUCAACCAAGAUGAAGAAAGGAGGUCAGCGCAUGGCACGAUCGCCCACCAAUAACUUGGCAAAGCACAAGGGUCUGUCUCUGUCAAUGCAUUCAUUAAACUUCAGCCCAGCCCAGGGAGCUCCAUCUCAGCUUUCUCCAAAUGCCAAGGAGUUUGUCUUCAGUGGGCCACCUGGGCUUUUCUAUGAUGGGGAUAGCCAGAAUCUACCAAGCCCAGGCCAGUUUGCUACUUCAUUCAACACUGGGAGCAGUCUAUUCAACGAUAAAUCCCCUUUUGUGGAUGGAUUGAACUUCAGCCUUCCUUAUCCAAGCCAGCCUUUCCAGCCUGUUGUCUUGGCUAAUUAAAUUUAUUGAAUUUCUAUAACCUCCUCCCAUUUUUUUUAUUUUAUUUUUUUUGAAAAAAAAAUGAAAAUUGAUUUUGAUUUAUAAAAUUAAAACAAUGGUAACACAGCUAUUUACUGGGAGACAAUGUACUUGGACUGCAUUGCUACUGGACGCUUGUGAAGUUCUCAUCUUUUUACAAGAAAAUGAAUAUAUAUUAAAGUAUAUAUAAAUACGGAGAGUAUAUGGAUAUCUAGUCAGUUUCUUUAUUUUUUUACCUUUGUCAUUGGAUGCAUCAGAAGAAGUAGAAAUGUUUUGGGAAUUGUUUCCCCCCUUAUGUGCCCUAAGGAGGAAGGAAAAUAAGACUGAAGGCUCUUGACUAUCUGCACCACCAUAUCAAAGUGUCCCUGAAGCAGGAUUGUCACACAACAAUGACUGGUACACUUUGCAGCUAGUCUUUUUAAGAUCCUCUUCUGCCAGCCAGGAAGAACAACUGAAACCUAACAACGAGUUAAAGACUUUUUUUUUUUCCUGCAAUUCUCCAACACUGUCUUUUCGCACUAUUACUUUUCGUCUCUUUUAUAGUCUUCAAAACUUCUGUCUUCUAUUCUUGUGUUCCUUUUUUAAGAGUUGUGUUUUUUUUUUUUUUUUUUCUUUCCUUAAAAGCACUGCACGAUCAAUUCUAGCAAGUCUUCUGCAAGACAAGUAAAAUGGUACUCUGCAUUGUCUCCAUGAGGUUUGAUCAUUCUGUAACAAAGGUGGUCAAUCUGUAGAGGGAUCUGAUCUAUGUUUUGGCAAAAAUUUCCAGUCUGCCCAAAAGCAAGUCUUUAAUUUCAGCAAAAUGGCUAUAUUUGGCCACAAAUGUUCUAAAGAUGACAUUGAGAAUGAUAGAUCGGUAUAAUGCACUAUGGUUAGAAUGAUGUAUGAGUUUUAUGUUUGGCUUGUUGGGGCACUCUGAGACAUUGCAGAUUAUGUAGAAUUGUAUUUACUGAUGGAGGGCCUGCUAAAAUAGUUGUGCUAAAUCUAUUCAAUACAAAGCAAAAAUAUUUAGUCUCCCACUAUGGAUGCCUAAUGGGCACCGAUGAAGAAUUGGGAGCUCAACUUAUCUGCGCUUUUAAGGUGAAAUUUAAAGUAGAACUUUUUCUUUUCUCUUCUAGCAGUAUUAUGAGAAAUUGCCUGAGCCCCUUACAACAAGUUUGACACUGUCUUUUUGUUGUAAGAUCACAUUGUGGUGGUAUUGUUUCCUUCUACUUUCUGACCUCUUGAUACAGAAGGCAUAUUUAGGUAUAGCAAACAUAUUCUAUUCCUUGUCAGAAAUAGGCCAGCGUGGCUGAAAUAAUGGCAUUGGAUAAAUAUAAUAUAUUAACAAAUGUUUUAUAUUAUAUCUAUAUUUUUAAAGCUGUUUAUAAAUCCAUUUUUUUAUUUAUUUUAUUUUCUAAGACGACUUUGGGAUAUGCAUUGUAAGGAUCAGUAAUGAAAAUUAUAUAUUUAACAAAAAAAAAAAAAAAAAAAACGAAAAAAAAUAAACUAUAGCCCAGCCUCUCCAUGAAUGCAAAAUCCAUCAUUACUAAAGGUGUCCUUAAGACCAACCGUGAAGGGUAACUGUUUUCCUCUGAGGUAGAUGGCCAAUGUCCAUGUUGGAUUUCAAAAAUAAAAAGAAUUACUGCUUAGUA